GUAGAGACUCGUGUACGUUCUGCCGGCUGAUUUGUGUCCUGCUGAUCUCCCUUACAAAAUAAGAUGUACCAGCCAAGUGCACGAUGGCCGUGGCGGUCACGGCGAUGGCCGAGGCGCGACCUUCGCACCUCGCACCUUGCUUGUUCUCCCCACUUUCCUUCGCCCAUCGUAUCUAUGUGACAUCUUCUCUUUCUCGCACUUUCUUGCUUCCCUCGACGCAGACGGCUAUUCCGCACACAGAACUGCAAAAGUGCAAACUCCACCGUCCCAAGCCAGCGGCACACAGCCUUUCUGAAUCUCGCAGUGCGUUUGCUUGCACCAUUGCUAUGUUAAAAUCACUAUACCCCUCGAAUUCAUUUCCUGUUCACCAGCCCAUGAAGCCGCCUUCACAGCAACGGCCCUCAAGCGGCAUGCACCCAAAAGCAUUGCCAAGUUCUACCCACGCACCCUAGCGGGAGCAAUGCAAAAGCUCCAUACGUCUCCAAUCUGCAUCCAGCACAAAGGAAGUCCAUAGUUGUCUGCACGUUUCACUUCCUAGCCAAAAAGGCGACAGUCAAUGCACUAGUUACAAAAUGCGCUUCCCAUUUCUCCUUGCCACCGUUUUCUUCAGUGCUGUUCACGCAAGCGCCAUCGCUGCAGAAGGAAGCCCUGAUGGCGCUUUAGCCGCUCCAGAACG